CGCUGCGGUGGCACGUUGUCCCGGUCCCUCAGGCUAGUUGAGGUGCAGCCCCCUCCCCGGUGAUGCCCAGGAGGGAAGCGGCCGUCUCCAUCACCAGGGGUGUCUGGACCGUGUCCCCCUCUCUGACAGCCACAGCAGCGCCUGGAUCCUGCUCCUGGUCCAGCUGUGCUGGGAGAAGGCUGACUUUUACGACCCACGGCAGGACUAGCAUGGGAGAAGCCUUCCCUGGGCAUGGGCAGCGCUAAGGAGCCCGAGGGGCUGCAGGUGCUGAGUUGCCAGGCUGGGGCUGAGGACACCUGUGACCCCAGUGCCACCUCCCCCGGCUGCUCAACGACGGGUGAGUGCCUGCCUGGCUCUGGUUGUGCUGUGGGAGCCCGUACCAUGAGGACCUGCUGUGUGACUGAGUCAGAGGCUCAGGGCACCACGUCGGGCUCAGCAGCAGAGAAGAAGGUGCCAUCGCCAACGGGACCAGCUCCCGGCACGCCCCUCCGGGACACCGGCACAGAGCAGAGCGUGGCAGUAGCAACGAGUUGUGGGGGACCAAGUGACACUGCCCCUGCCUGUGGUCCCACAGGGAUGGGGGUCCCCAAUGCCCAGAAGGAGAAUGCAGCCCCCACUUCCCCCCUGCCCGAUCCCUGCCUCAAGGUGACCAACAAGGACAUUGGAAGUGCUCCGGCUCCUGCCAAACAUGUCGCGUUUGUGGAGCCCACUGCAGGCACCGGGACAGCUGAGCUGCCAAGCCAGGAGCAGCCUCAGGGUGGCACAGGGACAUCCCUGGGUGCUGUACCGCAGCUGAACAGCAGUGAGGCUCCCAAGCAUCCCCAGGGAGGCACAGCAGCCCCCCCCAGCACCAGCACUGUGGGGAGCGGGGGCCAAAGUGGGACAGAAACGAGCUCCACCACCCUGGGCCAGGGCAAAGCCGAACAGAGCUCAGCCCAGGGUGCGGAUGCUGGGAGCAACCAGAAGCCCCAAACAGCCAAGCAGCUCUGUGAGUCCUACUCCUUUGAGGUGACCCCACCACAGGAUGCUGGGACACAGGACAUGGGGACGCAAGUGGACAGCCGUGCGUCCCUGGUGUCAGUGGCCUUGAGCCCCAUGAGCCCCCCGGGCGGGGCUGCUGCCUUCACCUUCCCCAAGAGAGAGAUGGGCUCUGCAGCCCCACGCCUGGAGCCCUCCAAGAAGGAUGCAGAGAUGCAGGUGUCCAUGCCCGUGGAGACGCGCUCAGUGGCCACUGGGCCAAUGACACCAGUGGCCAAGUCUCCACAGACCUCGUAUCCUGAGGUGCAGGUGAAGGGAACGGUGGUGGAGGUGGUGGAGGAGGCUCCGGAACCCAUCCGGGAGGUGAGCUGGGAUGAGAAGGGGAUGACGUGGGAGGUGUACGGGGCCUCCAUGGAGGUGGAGGUGCUGGGCAUGGCCAUCCAGAAGCACCUGGAGAAGCAGAUCGAGGAGCACGGUCGGCAGGUGGUGGUGACCCCACAGAGCACCCGCACCGGCUCCGUCAAGGGAGGCCCCCGCAAAGGUGAGGCCAAGAGGCAGCCCAGUGUCUUUCGGGCUCUGCUGCAAAAUGUCCGGCGGCCCCGGUGCUGCUCCCGCACCGGCCCCGCCAUGGAGUGAGUCGCUGCCCGUGCUGGCAGGGUGGGGGUGCCAGGGGGUUCUCUGGGCAAGUGAAGAUGGGUCCCUGCCCCGCUGUCCUGAGACACCUGGUGCCAGUGUGUGCGGCUCCUGGGGCUGAGACAGGGGGUGGUGGAGCACUGCAUGCUGGAGCAAGGUAUCUCCUUUGCUGGGGUCCCUCCUGCCAGCCUGGGGUCCCUCCAUGAGUGCAGCCUCAUGGAGGUGCCCCAGAACGUGAGGCUGGUGCCCUGUCUCUGUGUUUGGUGGCUUUUUUCAGCACAAGGAAGCACGUGGCUCCUUCCAGAUGGAGGCAGCUGCUCCCGUGCAUCUCCUGCCUGUGGCACACGUCUGGAGAUGACUCAGGGUGGGUGCUGCUGACUCCCAUGAGCUCUGGCACCCCAGGCAGCAGCAUCACUUCCCGUGCUGGAGAGACGCUGGUGCAUCACCCUGCCAUCGAUUUGCCUGCCCAGGGCCAUUCCUGGCCACACUCUGACCAGCCCAUGGCCAUGCAUGUGCAAGUCCCCACAGCUGCCCAGGGCAGGCACCAGCCCCAAAACAGCCCUGUCCUCUCUGCCCCACUGCUGUGUCAUGGGUGCCCUGGAG